AAUACAAGAGUCCCAAUUGUGACCUUACGAACUUUUAUAGAUACUCCCACUUAGCCCUUACCCUUCUCCUCUCCCAAAAAGAGGAAGAGGAAGGCAUAUGCCCCAGCAGUCUUCAAUAAAGGAUCCAGGAAUUGCUUCGUUCCAUGUCCACUGUAUGCACUUUAGUAUCUCUUGGAAUUGUCUACUGCGUAAGUUCCACGCCAAACAUGUAGCUUGCUUAAAAGCUCUGAUAUUAAAUGUCAAUUUCAUUUGUUUUGCUUAGUUACAGACUACCCAAGAUUUCUUCAACAUAUCCAUGGAUUAUGUCUCCUUUUGCGCACAGCGUGGAAUUUAAUCGCUUUCUGCAGCUUGGAGGAUCGACAUGGCCAUUUUGCUGUUAAAAAUCCGAGGUUCCUUGGAGAGAAAUUGAGAAUUGAGCUGGAGUAAUAACUAACUGAGUGACAUGCUUUCACCAAUAGGCGAUUGCGUCACAGACACAUAUCAUUGUUUCUGUGUAUAAUGCAGUUUCCUGAAAUUGAAUUAGUUGAAAAUAGACUAUAGGAGCAUCUCCAUGCCAUUGGCGCCCUUGUUGUAGUGUGUUGGAAGUGAAAUUAGUUGAGGUAAAUUCGAAUUACUUUUCGAACUUGUUUUAGAGCUUUUACAUCAAGCCCACGCUGGUUCUAGGUUGAUAUUAUUUCUGGAAUUGCAGAGCUUCUUGGCUAUUCAUUUAUAUGUGAAAAGGACAAUACUUUUGUCGCUAUUAAGCAGUGUCCAGUGACAUCCAUACCGUGACCAUGAGGCAUCCACACAUUUAAAAGAGUUAGGGGACAUGAUUGUUGUAUUCAUUUGGAGAUUUGCAUUCUUAUGCCUUGUAGCAAUAAUUGUGAUUCCUGCAUCUUUCUAGCAAACCCCAUUUUGAGCCACAGCUGUAAAACUGCUUGCUAAGUUAUUGUUGGAAAACUUGAGCGUGCUUCUCUCAGCACUGCUUGAUUUUCUUUGACGGGGUACAAGAGGGAGGAAGGUGUGUUGGUGAUGGAGGUCAGCAAAGGUAAAAGAGGGUCAAAGUGGUCUAGUCGCCAGCAGUUCAAAAACAAAGCCAAAAAUAGGGUUGAUGAUUUGCAAGGAAUAUUUACAGAUCUGCAACAAGCAAGAAAAGAGAAUCGUGUGACUGAUGCUGUUGUUUUGGAGGAGCAAGUCCACCAGACGCUGAGGGAAUGGAAAGCUGAGCUGCACGAGGCAUCACCAGCUUCUUCAUUGCGGGCAAACAGCCUGAGUUCCUCAGAGUUGUCCUCUGAUAUGAAGCGUCUGUUGCAACUACACGAAGAGGAUGAUGAUGCAAGCAGUAAUCCUAAGCUUCAGGGUGGUGCAACAGAUUUUCAGGAAAACGACUCUGCCACUUACCAGGCGCAGUUUCUUGACAAUGAAUUGCGUACUUCUGAGGAACCUUUUGAAAGGGUUAGUAGAUGUACAAAUACGGUAGAGGGAUUGCAUCCAAAUAGUUACCUGCAAACAUCAGAGAAAUUGGCUGCAAAUAUUGAGGAAAACAUACAGCAGCACAACUAUGUUCAAACUUUGGAGCAAUUACCUGCAAAUAUAAGGGAUGACUUAGAAGUAACCCUCGCAAGUGGGGAACUCAAUUUUCACCAGGAUUACAUCCCGACUCCACAACCUACUUUUGCGCUGAAUGAUCAAGAAGAAAUGACAUGUCUGUUUCAUGAUCUACAGCCUGGAAUCUGUCCUCCGCCAGCAGCAUUCCUAGGUCCCAAGUGUGCUCUUUGGGAUUGUCCCAGGCCGGCCCGGGGAACAGAAUGGCGUCAAGACUAUUGUAGUAAUUUCCAUCGAACUCUAGCUUUGAAUGAAGGUGCACCUGGAAGAACUCCUGUUUUGCGACCUGGAGGAAUUGAACUAAAGGAUGGCCCACUCUUUGCUGCACUAUGUGCGAAAACAAAGGACAAAGCAGUUGGCAUUCCAGAAUGUGAAGGUGCUGCAACCUCAAAGUCUCCAUGGAAUGCGCAUGAACUUUUUGACAUAAACAUACUUCCAGGCGAAUCAGUUAGGGAGUGGCUCUUUUUUGAUAAACCUCGGAGGGCUUUUGAAAGUGGAAACCGCAAGCAGCGUUCAUUGCCUGAUUAUUGUGGCCGUGGUUGGCAUGAAUCACGGAAGCAAGUAAUGAAGGAUUUAGGUGGACUUAAGAGGUCCUACUAUAUGGAUCCGCAGCCACCUACUCAGUUUGAAUGGCAUCUUUAUGAAUAUGAAAUGAAUGAGUGCGAUGCUUGCGCUUUGUACAGGCUCGAGUUGAAAUUGGUUUGUUCAAAGAAGAAUGCUAAAGGCAAGCUUGGUGGUGAUUUCAUGAUUGAUUUGCAGCAUCAAAUAGGCAGGUUGUCUGCAGAGUUAUCUGGAGAAACUAAGCAGAGUAACAUAGGGCGAAUAAAAAUAGUUAAAAACAAUGAUAGCAAUUAUGCCUAUUCAUCUUCAAAUCAGAUUACAGCUGCAGGUGAAGAUUUUGCCUAUGGGACAAGUUCGCAGUGUGGUUAUUUUGUUGAAGCAGCAAAUGGAUGCUAUUCAACUCAAUGACAGACUUAUUAUCCUUUGGGAAGCCUCGAGUCUUUAAACGGUCAAGCAACAAAACUAAUGCAAUCAUUGUUUCUGUUACUGCUGUUUGGAAUGAGCCAUGGUGCCCAAGAAUGGCAUGACAUUUACACCCAUGUUCUUUCACAAGGUAAUGUUACUUUCUUAUGAAAUUCCUUUGGAUAUCUUUGUACAAUUUUAUGAAUAGGACAAGGAGGAUGCUAUUAAGCUCGUUGGGAUUCAAAACCCAAAAGGUUUUUUUUCAGUUUUUUUUUUCAUUUCAAGUCCCUCGCCAAUAUAAAGUCUUUU